UUCUCUUCCGUUAGAUUUAGUCGAUUAAUUCGAUGAUCUUUCAGCCGUAGUGAUGCAUAUGUGGCAUAUAUUUCAACGCGUCGGUUUAUUGAAUUGUCUGUAGAACACCAUGCUUCCAAGGACGCUCUAGCUUGCCUCGAAGUUGCACGGGCAAGGAUUUUUACGCUCACUAGGUCGAAGUGAUGGCCUUCGUGGUCUUCAUGAAUGGAAACCAGUGAAUCUUGCUCUUUUAUUUUCAAGAGUGAAUCUCCAGAACGGCAGCACCUCUUGUUCGCACCUGCAGAUCAAGAGCCCACUCAAGUUGCCUACGGAAGCUGUGCCACGCCAAUAGAAGCAGGAACGGAACAGCCAUCUGACCGCGAUACUAUAGUAAGAGACAUUAUUAAACUCGUAGAGAGCCGAGUGGUCGAUGCUGGAGCAGGUGAUCUCAACCUUGUGGACAGUCAAGAAUACACAGAACGAUCCCGAUAUUACGCCGAUACCAUCGCACAUCGUCCUCUAGGCCUCCCAGCUCUUCCUUUGACGCUGCCGAGAACUUGUGGAAAUCCCGUUGCCUUGAUAGACGCCCCCAUUGAAACGCAACACGAUUUGCAGUCGAUACGCCGAACUGCCAAAAUGCAUGACACACUAAUGCGUAACGCAUGGAGGCAGGAGCCAGUGGAGAACCUGAUCAUACAAUUCAAUCAACCAUGA